AUCGAUCAAUAAAGCUGUCGGGCUCGUCUUCUAUGCACAAUCUACUGUGUGGCGAGAUAUUACCUAUGGCAUUAAUGUCCGUGUUGAGCGAAACAGUAAAUGGCCAUGAAAUGGUAGAUCUAUGCGUAUAGGUAUUGGAAUACUCGUCCAGAUACUGUGCCCACAACCCAAGGCAAAUAUAGGACCUCAACGUGCUGGAUGCCGGUUGGUAACAGUUUUAAUUUUUGGUGUCAUGUCCAGGGCUGGGUGGAGGCGAGGUGCGAUAAAGUUUGGCACGUUGCGGCAACUGCAUCCGAAUAUUGCCCGAAAAGGGAGUUGGUUGAAGUUGGGUCAACAACGCGUCGACGCCGCUUGCCCUUCUUCUCCUUACUCUCUCCAUGCUGUCUUCUUGCCUUUCAUACCUCCCUUAUUUUCUGUAAUUUGUUUUCAAGGACCCCAUUUCACGACUUUGGCAUAUUCCAGUGUACCACCUUGGAGAGUAACGACUGAACGAACAGGUAACGAGCCCAUUAUGAACGAUCGACCAUAUACACUGCCGGAGGAGGAUCCUUUCAAUAUUACGCCCUUGGCCACGCAGCCCCACCACCGUUAUUCUAGCCUCUUCGAUAAAUGGCUGCAGGAACAGCAGAGGCAUGCACCCACCCUCGAGGACAUCCUUGAUACGUCAAUACCUGAAUCGUCCUCUGCUACCCCUGCUUUAUUAUCACAUCAGUACAUUGAUCCAAUGCAUCCGGAUGCACAAGGAUCAGUAGUCACUCUCAAUACCUAUGACUUUGUGGAGGAUGAUGAUAUUCCAGCAGAGGCCCAGGCAUUGUCAAGUCCACGGAGUACACGCUUUUUCCAGGCCUCACGAACGCUCUUCUCACCUCGACCACCAUCAACACCACCGUCAGCAACGCCAACUCGUACAUCAUUUCUGUCUCGCGUAGGCACUGGAUCAGCUUCUCGUCAGCAUAAACGGUCUUCAAGUGUGUCCACCUUGAGCAGCUCCGUGCCCCGGUCUCCCUCUUCUUCCAAAUGGCGUCCAAGCGUCCUCGGCCACUUUUCUUCCCAGGCCGCUGCUUCCCAGGCCUCCGUCACCCCGUCGCAGAACACCGUCUAUGCCCCUUCUCGUCCGAGUCUUUCAUCUACCAUCACAACCACCGUCACCUCUACUUCUGACCUCAGCAUCCCCGUGUCCCAGGUUUCCUUCGCCGACUCUGUCCGCUUCCAUGGAGUUUCCCACGGCGGCGCAUUCUAUGGCCUUAACAAAGAGUCGCUAUCCUCGUGUAGUUCCAACUUUGGCAUGGAGCCUGUCAAGCCUGUCAUGCCCAAGAAACUUAGGAAGGCACGCAGUAGUAUCAGGGUGCCAUUAUCUACCAGGUAUAUUGCGGAUGCAAAUAUUCCAAUCCAGGGAGACGGAAUCGGAGAGUUUGGUGCUCGCUUGCCAAAGGCAAAUCCUACCAGCCCUCAGAUAGCCUUUUCGGCGUCUGGAAAGGGGGGUACAAUGCCCCGCGUGUCCUUCGCCUCUUUGAGUACCCGUAAUUCAAAGAAGAAGAAACUCAUCGUUAGCGGUAUUGGCCCCGAUGACACGCGGAGAUUCGAGGGUGUGAAGCGUUGGUGCGAGUCCUUUGGCGAAGUUAGCCAAAUCAUGCGAAUGCCGAACGGCGACCUCCAUGUAUAUUUUCGGAGUGCCGAAGUUGCGGACACGGUGUGUCGCCUUCGAGCUAAGGUGUUUAUAGCCGGCGUCGGCAGUGUAAAUCUAUCAUGGUACGCUGGCAAUAAGCGUUGAUCGACAUACCCGCGCUCGAAGCCCUGUGAUUUGUACCUUGAAGCAUCUGUACAGCAGCCUACCCCGAUUACCCCCCAUAUCUAAUUGCAUUUCAGCUACGACCUGCUUUAGAAAACGACCAUAUUUCAUGAUCAAUUAUGCCCC